UCAGAGUUUACUGGAGAAGAGCCAAACGCCGAUUCGUUCUUGCAUCGCUAAAGACGUCGUUUAGGCCAAUACCGGAGUUCUAACCUGCCGGAGAUUGGAGCUAUAAUGGCGUUGAGUUUGGGCUUCGUUGUUGGCAUCCUGGGAGUUGUAAUUCUCUCUCACGCUGCUUAUUCAACCGUUCAAUACAGGGGAUUGUUGAAGAUUAUGGAGGAAGAGUUUUCAGGACCUCCAUUAACUGUGGUCGCUGAAUUGCUUCUAGGGCUAGGGUUCUGUAUGUGGGCGGCACUUACUGUCCCGGGCACGUUUCUUUCGAUUCAUCCCUAUUCUGAAGAGAACAGGAUUGUUUCUCUACCAGACAACCUUGACUUUAUGAUCUUCAACCAUCGUGCCAAAGUGUUUCCCGUGGAGUUGGAUUUGAAGUUCAAGCACUGACGAUUUCAACCAUCGUGGAAUGUUUUCAACCAAAGCACCCACGAUUUCAGUUUCUUUCUUGGCCUUUAGGGUAGAAUGGCAGCAUUCGGCAGAUCAGUGCUGUUUCUGCAUAUGUUUCCAUGCGUGUUCUAGCUGUCUUGGAUUAUGUUUUUGUAUUUUCUCUUCACUGUGUAUAACCAAAGACAGAUACCUGCUGACUUUAUUGUUGCCUUGGCCUAGUCAUUUAAAGUAAUUUAAACUUGGAGA